AUGGCAAAUUUAAUCAGAAUUCGGAAACUUCACUCACUCUUACUAUUCACAGCUUAAAUUUGCAUUUCGAUGCUUUCCAAAAAUUAAAUAAAAAAUAUACAUAUAAAAAUUUUCAUACGUAACGAAAGGAGCUAUCGCAAAAAUUCUAAAUUUGAUUGAAUAACUGUUUUGGACGACCGAUUUGGCUAAUAACUUCUGUGGCAAUGAACUCAAAUCCGAAGAUGCGAAAAAUACUACAAGUGGCCGAACAAGUACAACAACCCUUACAUGUGCCGUUCAUUGUGGGGAAUCAGUGUUAUGUUAUAACGCAACAGGAUGUGCGUAGAAUUGAGGACUCGAGGUUUUUCUCUUAUAAUAAGGUGAAUACAAGAGGCGAACUGCUGCCAAUGGAUACGAGCGAAGUCAGAUGCAACGAUUUACUGACCAACAUGCAAUCACAGUGUAAACAACCGUUUGAUACCAACAAUCAAUUGGAUAUGGGAAUGUUGUCUGAGUUGCUUGCUCGUGUCUACAAUGUUAGUGCUGAACUACAAAAACAACAACAACAACAACAACAACAACAAGCUGCCCAACUAGCAAUACAAAAUUUCCAGUCGAAUAAUCAACAACAUAUCAUACCAACUAUGACUGUAACACCAACAACAAACUCAGGACUUACAUCGGAAUCAGCAACUCUGCAACAACAGUUGGACUGGGCGAAGGCCUGCAACACAAUGCUAACGCCGACGACAAUGUAUCCGUUGCACCAAACUUCUGCCACAUCAACAACGGAGAUUGCGCCAUCGCGCUGCGAAUCGGAAAGAACAUCUAAGAGAGGCCAGUGUUGCUCGCGUGGCUGCAAUACUAUUGUUUUGGAUACAAGUUUGCAGUCUCCACAAAGGAGUUCCUCCCGUUCGGCUACUUGUCUGUGCGCACGUCAACAAGCGAAGCAAAGAAAAAUGGCACAAUUUAUGAAUUGAUUUUCGUAUGAUCACAGUCAAGAGUCCUAUUUACUUAAUAUUGUCGGUAAAAAAUGUUUUUAUUGUCUGGAUAAUUUUAAAAUUAAAGUUUUUAAUGUUUCAUA